AUGCAGAAUCCUUCAUUGAUCGCAGAGCUGGCUCGAUAUACACCGCUUAAUAAUGUCUAUUCGGCAAGAAUGAGCCAUUAUAUUAGCUUUUGCUUGACUCAGCGAGUUUUUGGUAAUUAUUUUGCUCACAAAGUCUGCAACGAAGCCAUUAACAUCCUUCAUCAGGAAUUUGUUGAAUCAAAGGAGCAGUUAAAAAUUUUGAUAGACAAGGCGUCAGUUCGGGAAGUCGUUUCUAGCUUCAAUGUUCUUUAUGGUUUUUUUGUGCAUCGUGCAGAAAUUUUGCCUCAGCCUGGCGAUUAUCAAGAAAGCGAAGCAGUUGAGAAAAUGUAUCUUGAGUUAGAGAAAUUAUCUGCAGAAUUAAUGAGUCAGGAAGCCAAGCAAUCCUUAAAGGAGUCUUUGAACACGCUCACAACACCUGAGAAAGAAGCAAUGUUUGGACGUGGCCGUCAAGUAUGUGCUAAAAUUUCCAAAGCAAUAUUAGACAAAAUAAUUGAGGUUUGGUUAUUAUCUCAUCAUCGUUUUUUAAAAUAA